AUGCCACUAGAAACCAAGGGCACCAAUACUAGCGACAAGGACGAUGAGAUUAGUGACAAGGAGGAUGCUCUAUACCGCGAGUGGAGUACAGUGAUGAAGCCAGGCGAUGUCCUCCAUGAGCUCUUGCAGACCAAAGAGCAUAUGCGCUCUCUGUUCCAUGGAUUGAGACGCCAGGUCAAGUCUCUCUCUUUCCGCUCCCAACUCUACGAUGAUGGCCAGCUCACUAUCUACGAUCGCGUGCUUCUUCGUCUCUACGAGGAUGGACACACCAUGCAAGCCUAUGGGCUCUUUGAAUUCUACCUGGCUCAGCAUCUAGGAAUCAAGGAUUGUGACUCCAGGGAAGAAAUCAAUUCUGUUCUUGCUGCUCACUUUGCUGCCCAGAGUAUCCUGGACAAAGGCCCGAUUUCGGAGAUUCCAGUCACCUCGACCCCGACCGUGGAACGUCAGACUCAGGACAUCGAGACCCGCAAAGCACCCCAGAGUGCGGACAAGGAGAAGUCGCCUUAUCUUGACAAGCUCCUCCAAGUCUACCAGAAUGCCAAGGCGGAUUAUUACAGCCUCGAGGUGACAGAGGUGACAGAGGCGACAGAGAGCCACCGCGAGCGAACCAACAUCGUCGUCCGCUUCCUCCGCGACACCGCAGAGAACCUACUGAGGUAUUUGAACGAGGUGGACAAGGGAAACGCGCUAAUUCCUGAGGUUGAGGACAUCAUCAAGGUCAGCCAGGAGCAUGCAAACAAACUCGCCGGUGGCCGCAAACGAAAGUUUGAGCAUCGAGAGAGGAUUUCGCGAGGAAAUCCCACUGUCGGUUCCUACCUCCCACAGUACAGAUACGGGGUGCGAGACCGAUACGUCCCUGGCCCAGAGAGAUGGGACCGAGGCUACUUGUCCCCUGGACAUGAGACUCCGCGACAUGGCGCCGAUUCCCACGCCAAUAACUUUGCAAUGGAACCCAAAAGGCCUGGCAACAAUGAGUCGUCGCAUGGCCGAGCUGGCACCGACCGUCCGUUGUAG